AUGGAGAAAGAGGGGGGAAUACCGAAUGGAGAGGAUAUUGCUAUCGGCAAAAUUGAUGACGCUGAGGUGGGUGCCCAAAGGGCAAAGCACCAACAGGCAAUUAAUUUGAAUCACUAUGCCACUAAGAAGAGUGCUGCCCAGAGCAUGUUGGACGUGGCCCUGCUCAUGGCCAACUCAUCCCAGCUGAAAACAGUGCUGUACGAGGGACCCGAAUUUCGCUUCUACAUUCCUCUCAUAGUGCUCAUCUCUCUCUCCAUCACUCUUCAGGUCAUUGUUGGCCUCCUGCUUGUUUUCAUAGUUAAAUAUGACCUGAAUGAUGUGAGAAAACAGCCCAAGCUUAACAGGAUGAACAAUGCGACCACAGUUUUUGUCUUCUUCACGGUCCUCAUCAACAUUUUCAUCACUGCCCUGGGAUUUGAGUCUAAUCGGUGA